GCGAGAGGGACACUGCCUGAGAGGGACGCAAGGAGAGCGAGUGACCACGCCCGACGGAGAACCAGGGGGGCACAGAAACCGCCGGCGCAAUUUCUAAAGGCUCGUGCGGAUACCGAAUCGCGUUAGAGGAGAGCGCGGCAUUUGGGAGCGGAGGAGGAACGAGGUGGAGGUAUCGGUGGGGCGCGCGGGGAGCGAUGGAGGAUGGCUGGAUCAGCUUUGCCGACCGCUACGACACCUCGGCCCUGCUUCACUUCUGCACUCCCGAUGACGUGGGCCCGUCGGAGGUCUUGGCCGGCGGGGACGGCGGUGGCGGCGAGCUGGUGGAGCGGCUCUCCGCCCUGGAGCAGCGCGUCGCCAUGCAGGAGGACGAGAUCCACAUCCUGAAAGCCGCGCUCGCCGACGUCAUCCGGCGGCUGCACGCCGCGCCUGACGGCACGGCCUCGCCGCCCGGCCUGCUCGCCCGCAGGGGGCCCACCAAAGCCGUGGGCCGGCAGGGCCUCGUGUCCCUGCCCUCGCGGCCGUCCAUCGGGAACGGAGCGAACACCCCGAGGAAGGCCACGCCGCCCUCCUCCUCAUACUCCCCAACGCCAGCCAAGCUCCUGGGGGCCAGCCCCAACUUGGGCAAGGGCAAGCGGAGCAGCUCCAUGGAGCGGUUGCCGUCCAGCGUGCGUCGCGACGGCUCGGAGACGCGGGGGCUGCGUGGGCGCACCUCCUCCACCACCAGCUGCUCGGGCAAGAAGCCCGGCGACAGCAAACCCAAGGACCCCGUGUACAACUACGAGGAGGGAUACGUGAAGAUGUAUCUGCGUGGCCGCCCCAUCACCAUGUACCUGCCGCAGGACAUGGCAGAGGAUUACCGGCUCGACACAAAGCUGGAGCCGCCUGCUGAGAAACUAAAACUCAACUGGGUCUAUGGUUACCGUGGCAAAGACUGCCGCAACAACCUGUAUCUGCUGCCCACCGGGGAGAUGGUGUACUUCAUCGCCUCUGUCGUGGUGCUCUACAGCCCCGAGGAGGGAAACCAACGGCACUACCUGGAGCACAACGACGACGUCAAGUGCCUUGCCAUACACCCUGACCGCAUCACCAUCGCCACGGGACAGGUGGUGGGGACGGGCAAGGAUGGCAAGACUCUGCCGGCUCACGUGCGCGUGUGGGACUCGGUGAGCCUCAAGACGCUGCACGUGAUCGGCACCGGCGUGUUUGAGCGAGGCAUCGUCUGCCUGGCCUUCUCCAAAACGAACUGCGGCCUGCUGUGUGCGGUGGACGAUGGGAACGAGCACGUGCUCUCCGUGUGGGACUGGCAGCAGGGCAACAAGCUCGCCGACAUCAAGUGCUCUAACGAAGCCGUGUUCGCUGCCGACUUCCACCCCAUGGACCCCAGAGCCAUCGUGACGUGCGGAAAAUCCCACGUGCACUUCUGGACGCUGGAGGGCAACUCGCUGUCCAAAAAGCAGGGCAUCUUCGAGAAGCACGACAAGCCCAAGUACGUGCUGUGUGUGACGUUUGCGGAGAACGGCGAUGCCAUCACGGGAGACUCCAGUGGAAACAUCUUCGUCUGGGGACGAGGAACGAACCGCAUCACGCACGCCAUCGUCGGUGCCCACGACGGAGGGAUCUUCACGCUGUGCAUGCAGCGCGACGGAACACUCGUGUCGGGCGGCAAGGACCGGCGGCUCGUCACGUGGGACACGGCCUACCGCAAGACGGGCGAAACCGAGAUCCCCGAGGCGUUUGGCCCGGUGCGCACGGUGGCCGAGGGCCGCGGCGACGCCGUGCUGGUGGGCACCACCCGCAACGCCGUGCUGCUGGGCUCGCUCGCCGGGGACUUCACCCCCGUCGUUCAGGGCCACACGGACGAACUGUGGGGCCUCGCUGUGCAUCCUCUGAAAUGCCAGUUCCUGACGUGCGCUUCGGACAAGCAGGCGAUCCUGUGGGACACGUCCACGCACCAGCCCAUCUGGAUUAAAACUCUCGAGGACCCGGCGCAGUCGGCCGAUUUCCACCCUGCUGGGGCGGUGCUCGCCAUCGGAACCUCCACGGGGCGGUGGAUGGUGUUUGACGCAGAGACGCGGGACCUGGUCUCCCUUCACACAGAUGGCGCAGAGCAAAUCUCCGUAAUGAGAUACUCACCAGACGGUUCCUUCUUGGCCGUGGGAUCACACGACAACUUCGUCUACGUCUACAGCGUGAGCGAGGGCGGCCGCAAGUACACUCGUGCCGGGAAGUGCUCGGGUCACUCCAGCUUCAUCACGCACCUCGACUGGUCCACGGACGGAACGUACCUCAUGUCCAACUCGGGCGACUACGAGAUCCUCUAUUGGACGGCGGCCUCGUGCAAGCAGGUGACGUCCGUGGCCCCGACCCGCGACGUCGACUGGGCGACGUACACCUGCGUGCUGGGCUUCUACGUCUAUGGUGUCUGGUCGGACGGCUCUGACGGCACGGACAUCAACGCGCUGUGCCGCUCGCACUCCCGCCGCGUCCUCGCCAUUGCCGACGACUUCGGAAAAGUUCAGCUCUUCCCGUUCCCCAGCGCACAGCCGAAGGCUCCGAGCCACGUCUACGGAGGCCACAGCAGCCACGUGACCAACGUGCUGUUCACGAGGGACGACUCCCUGCUGCUCUCCACGGGUGGCAAGGACUGCAGCGUCAUGCAGUGGCGUCUCAGCUGAGCCCCGGUCGAACUCGCUGGCGAAACGCGAGCGCUCCGGGCACCUCGCAUGAGACGCCGGCAAGGAGUGCGCGGCGCGGGGCGCCUCCUGUGGAAUGCCCCGCGUGGCACCGUGCGGGAGUUCGAGGAGGCCCAGGGAAUCCCUAAUGCCCGGCAUGAGAUGCACAGGGCACCCCCACCCGUCGCCGCCUUUCGCACACGCGCGCACACAACCUGUGAUGAAUGAUGCGCGCGGCGUUGCAUGGAGAGGAACAAAAAACAGUGGCUGCAAAAGGUUCCUGCAUUCCCUGCUUGACGACGCCAAUGCAAGCACUCCCUGCUGCACACUACCGUUGUGGAGCGGACUCCCUGCAUGCAGGCAGCACCCCGCAGCCACACCCGCUGGCGUACACACCCCGAGUCGUUUCUAUGGGCGUUUGCGUGUGCCGAAAUAACGGCGAUUAUCCUUUGGAAAGAGAUUGGUCCCCGCCAUGAGAAUGUGCAGUUUCUACUAGGGCUCGGAGUCACCAAUGGAUAUGAGCACUGCCCCCAACGGUGCUGUUUGUGAGGGCGACGCUUUGACCAGACUCGCUGACAGUGCUGUGUGAGAAGAAGCGUUCAUUGUGAAUGCAGCUGCCGGAGGUGUUGACCAGACCUCCAAACGGGGCGCUUUUGUGGGAGCUAAGCCCACGUGUGGGAGAUGUGGGCGGUAUCAAAGACCCCACUUCUUCUCUGAUGUUGUGCCUGACAAGAAAUCAAAUCGAGUCUAGUUCGAUUGAACUUGCUGAGAGUCACUCAAUAGUGGGGGUCUUGCUCGUAGUCAUGGCUGUGGGUGCUCUCCAGGCUGUACAAAAUAAAUUUUUGAUGCCGUAAAUAAGAACAAGGACCUAUAAUAUAUUAUAAUAUAUAUUAUAUGUGUGUACAGCCCAUUUGUCAAUGCAAUGCUAAAUGAGAGCCUUUCCUCACCACACAGCAUAUUUCAUCAUGCUGGACAGUGUGGGUUGAUAAAGGCGGGCAUAGACAUGAGCAUAGAAGUUUGGUACAGCAUGACAAUGUAUUAUUCCACACUGUCCUCUUCCAAUUGGAAAUCCAGUGAUUCACGAUUUACACUCCUAAUUGCCCCACUUAACGUUUGCCCGAGCUCUCCUCAGAUCAACUCGGCCUAAAACGACUGUCUGGUGUGCUCAACAUUUGUUCUUGGGAGACAAUAAAGUGUGGUUCUAGUCACACGAUCGAUCUAAUCCACCAUGUGCCAUCCCGACCUUAAUAGGCGCUCGCCAACAACGCAGGGGUGGUCAGAAGAGAAGUGAGGUGCACUCGCUACCCUAGGUGGCGUUGAGAACUGUGGAGAGCGCCUUGGUGCCUCCAGCGGAGCUAGACCCACCCAAUGCAAUCAACAUAGGAAUAGGAUAUCAAUAGUCGUACCCAGGCCUAUUCUAUAUAUAUGCAGUAAAUGCUAGCUUGUGUGUACCCUGGGUCUUUCUUGAUAGGAUCAUGCAUCUUGACGUAAAGCUUUCGUGACUGCAGGAAUUCAUAUUCUUUGGGUCUUUCGGUAAAGUCACGUAGAUGGGUUCAACGAAAAUAACAAAAAACAAAAACUACGACGUUUCGAUCGCAACACAAGCGGUCGUCUUUUCCUGACCCAAAGAGUAGGACCAUGAAUGUUUCAAUGGUCAUGCUCCCUGUUUGAAAUGCAGUGAAUGGAUACUGUGUAAACAUAUAUCAAGUAUUGUGCUGCAUACUAUGUGUGUGCAUAUAAUAAAUGAAUAAUGUAUGCAACACGAUACUUUGUAAAUAUCACAGCCCAUUAUCAAUCCACUGAUGGAUGAAUAACUGCCCGUGCCGUAGACUGGUCCAUGCGGGCUGUUUGACCUUACCCAACCACACGGGCCGUUGGAUGUAACCCAGCCCACUGGCAGCUGCGUCGAUGGAUCGCAGACAUUUGUCUCUGUGUGCUCGGUAGUGAGGUGGGAUGUGAAAUGGCAGUAGAGUAAGCGUGUUCAUGACCUAUUUGUGUGAACAUUAUAGUCUUGCAUAUGUGGGUUUUCUGCAGGAACAAACCCCAAUGCUAGAGCAUCCUAAAAAAAAAGUCUUGAGACAACAUUGUACGUUAUAUGCCGCACAUGGGUCUUUCUGUGUCGAAUCAUCAGGUAUAAGAAAUGCCUUGUAAGUUCUGGUUACCAAGAUACCGAUUAAGAAAAACUUCCUAUAAGGAAACGGUCAAUCGGGCCUUAAUCCCCACCCUCCCUUGUAAAUAUCAUCGUGGGGUCAUGGGUAGUGGUGAAGUGCUGAUUCAUUGGGAAACCACCUCGUGUAUGUAUCACACGACCGAGCUUCAGGAAACUCGGUUGUGUCACAAGCCCUUGUUGAUUUAACACGGUUGAACCAUGUGCGUUGCAGCAUGUACAUGUUUUUGACCAGGGAAGAAUUCAUUGAAACAGGUCUUUCACAAGGAAGCCUUAACAGCUGAUCUUUAUAUAUGUGCAGCUUCAACGCCUUCAUGGUAAUACAUUGAGAAUGACAAAUGAAGGCCAUGUGGCCGUGAUGGUGCAGUAUCGAUGUGGUAAGGUCCUAGAUAUUAGGGGUCUCUGUGUGUGUGUGUGUGCGAGAGUGAUAUGAUCUCGGUGUAUAGGGAAAAUGUCAUUGUAUUAGAAUCAUUGUUGGGAGUAUUGUGGUUUAAAAUAUACAUGUGUGAUAGAGUUACAUAUGCAGUUUUACAGGGUGAAUCUCAGGGUUUACGUGUCAGUUCCCACCAAAUCUCCACUGCACUCAGCACCGCGUUGUUGUAAUAUUGCGCCCACAAGGAAUGAGCAGGCGAAACCCGUCUGUUGAAGGAGCCCUCCGGUUUAGAUUAUCCCAAAUGUGGCACGUAUGUAUAUCCCCAUGCACACCCACGAGGGUUGCCACCUGUCUGGGUUUGACUUGGACAGUCCUGGAAUUUGCAUCUGUCCGGGUUGUUCUACAAUGGAAAAGGUGGCAACCGCAACACCCACCCUAUGUAUGAAACAUACAAUACAUACACACAGGGUAAAUCGUUAAACUACCCGCUAUCUUUGCCGUCUUAAAAAGAGCUAUAGUGUAGUCAGAAAAUAAAUGGUAGAGGUCGCUUAGGGAUAAAUAUUUGAACCCUAACAUAUGCCGUUCAAAUCUGGGCAUGCAGGGCAAAUACUCAAACAUGCGGUCUACUAUCAAGCAACGGAUGUUUUAAACGCCAACAGCAAAAAGCGGUCCUAGAAAAGUUGGAGUUUGUGUUAGGGGCUUGAGUUGGGGCCAGUGGAAGAGCUAAUGAUGGUUCCUGGUUGGUUGGACAGCUCGAGUAAAGUUUGGGGAAGUUGCUUUGCCCCCCAGUUUGCUUGUCCCUUCUCUCUGCUAUCGGAUAAACACAACUUGCUACGUUUUAUAUAAACUGAGGCUCUGCAUGUAUGCCCAUGGUUCUCCGACAUGAGUUUAAUGAUCGGUUACUGAGAAUUAAACUUGACAUUUAUGUUCUGGCUUCAGCACAGCGCUGCAGUGACGUGCUCAAUGUUGAUUUGAAGCUUUCGUGACUGCAGGAAUCCAUACUCUUUGGUUCUUUCGGUAAAGUCGCGUUGGUAGAAAAAUCCAUGUUACGGUUGUACGCUUCAGUCAUAAGACAUUAAAGUCUCUUCGUUUAGUCAUGCGGCACGAAACGCACUGAGUGGGGUGUAGUUAUACGAGGAGAGCUGCUGCAGUGAGUGUAUUUGGUUGUCUUUAAUUCGGAUAAAAUUAAUCAAGUCUGCUCCAGCCAAUACCUGCGUUCGAGGGAGCUCUUUGCAGUCCAUGUGCGUGCUUUUGCUGCGAUGAAACCACUCGACAAUUAUGGUGACAAAUUGGCAGAUGAUGGGAUGUGGAAGAUUGAGACGAUGGUGCUGAUUGAUAAUCGGAUGUUCUACAUAUA